AUUUUCCUAUAGUUAAAUUUCCAAAGGAGUGUGGUAAUCCGCCCAUCAAACCGAAAACGAUCUGGAAUUCGCCAGAUAGUUCUCUAGAUCAUAUCGUAGGUGGUGAACCAGUGAUCCCCAACAGCUGGUCAUGGCAAGUAUCUCUUCAAGAUGCAUACAGCGAACCUAAUGGUCAUUUCUGUGGAGGUGCUCUCAUAAACGCGCAGUGGAUUGUAACAGCCACUCAUUGUUUCGCAGGAGGUUAUUUAGAUGGUGAAGCUAAACGCCUUGUUGAUGGAAUUAGUGUAAUAGGAGACACCUAUGAAACAACAAAAAAAUUGUUGGAGGAAAGAUAUGGAAAUAAAGAUCGAAUUAUCCAAUCACACUUAGAUUACUUAGAACAUUUAAAUGUUAUUCAAGACCCAUCUCCUACGCAUCUAAAUGAUCUUUACAUAGAAUGUAACAGAAGAAUUCAAGCUUUAACUGCUCUGGGUGAAAAUAUUGAAGCAUACGGUAGAAUCCUAGUGCCAAAAAUUAUUCGUGCAUUCCCCAAUGAUAUUUGUUGCCGCUGGAUUAUCUAUGCCAAGCGUGAAAAACUAAACGAAGGUAAUAUUACUAGAUUGAUGCAGUUCUUGGCAGAAGAAGUGGAAGGUGUAGUUGCAGCACAAAGAGUUAAAGGACAUUGGCCUCAAUAUUGUGAAACUGUUACAGACUAUGAUACUCGUGUUCAGAAACUUAAAACUUCAAAUCGCUGCUUUCUGUGUACUAACCGUGGUCAUAGAGUUUCAAACUGCCCAAGAAAAAAUACUGCACGGUGCACUAAAUGCAAGAAAAGGCAUCAUGUUUCUAUUUGUCCUCCUGUUGAAAACAAUCAACUGCGGAUAACUAACAGUGCUGUAAAUCACAUAACCUUUCCUAAAACAAUUUUCACACAUUUGCAAACUGCUCGUGUGUACGUUACUGGCCCCACAGGCAUUACUAAAUUAACACGUUGCAUUUUAGAUGGUGGUAGCCAAGCAAGUUUUGUUCACACAAACCUCAUUGAAAAACUGAAGCUUAAAGUUGUCAGUUCUGCCUCACUUUCAGUUCAAGCAUUUGAAUCUUUUACUUCACAAGAACAACGUAGAUGUGUUCAACUGUCACUUUCAAGUUUGUGGAGCAACCAAGCAUUUUUGAUCUCCGCAUUUGAAAGCUCCAAUUCCUAUACUACACAUCCUACUGCUCCACCAGAAAUAGUUCACUUUGCUCAGAAGAAAAGAUUGAGAAUUGCUGAUCCUCCGGAUGACUCUUCACUGCCCAUAGAAAUACUUAUUGGUGGUGAUCAUUAUUGGCAAAUUGUUUCCACAGAAGCUCCAAUCAAGCUUUCAGAAUCUUUUGUUAUGGUACCGUCAGUGUUUGGAUGGGUUCUUAGUGGAACAAGAACACAUACUACAAUCGCUGAGAAGACUUCUGUCCAUCAAGUUUGUGUGCAAGUUAAAACUGAUUGUUUAAAUGAUCAGGUACGUCGCUUCUGGGAAUUAGACUCCAUAGGGAUACAAGAUGCGCAGAAACGAAAAAGAAUGACUACUCGAGAUGAAGAAGAAAUUUUAUCAGAAUUUCACAAAACUUACAACACUGAAGACAAUCGAAGAAUUGUGUCUCUGCCUAGAAAACCAUUGGUCACACACCUUUGCCUACAAACAAAAUUAUAG